AUGUUCAGAAACUUUGCCCUUCCCUGGUUCAAGAAAUCGAGCCUGCCGCUCCCCCUGGCCGACGUGCCCAAGUCGUUCACCCUUUCUGGCGGCAACGAUAGUCACACCUACAAAGUGUCUAUGGAAGACACAAGCCGCGGCCUUAUCGAAGAACAAGAAACAGACCUCCCGGGUGGCCCGGCCAAGACGGCAAGGCCCAGUGGAAUCGUGGGCCGGGCUGGCCGGCCUGGCCCGGCCGCCGCGGAUCUGCCCGAAAUGGACGACGACUCCAUCCACGAGAAAUUCAAGACCAACAACUACUUUUUGAAGAACAAGGUGUACAAGCAGAGCGACCGAAACCCCAAGCGGAAGGUCCUCUGA